ACUAGGGUCGGAAUCGGUCAAAUAAAACCUGUGCCAUGCUGUACACCUUUUUUCUUUCAUAAAGAGCCUAAUCUGAGUUAUGUAGGUCAAGUCGUUUGCGAGCUGUUGAAGUUUAAACGUCCAAAUGUCUGGCCAACAUCGAAUCUCAAACCAAUUUGACCACGGUGCCACACCUUGGCAAAACCAGCGCAGCCCAACAACCAGUCACGGCAGGGUUCAAAUUAACAAACUGAAUUUGUGGGGGAGAAAAAAGACAAACAAUAUCACAGUGGAUUAUGACAAUUUCGGAUGUAUUUUGUGUGAUAAUAAAUAGGGACGUCUCUGCGCAGCCUAUCGGAUUCCAGGAUGAAAUAUGCAUCCAGAUGAAAAGACUGCAGUCCUUUCGCUAAUCCUUGUCUAUCCUUCUUAUCUCGGGACUCAUAGCAGUCUGGUCGCUAUGGGACAGCGAAGCUGUGGGACAAAACCGUGCAAAUGAUAUUUCAGUAAAUGACAAACGCAGGUCUGUUUGGCUUCAGUGGGUGCUGACUGGGUGCAUGCAGGCUAGCUGUGCAGUGCACGCAUAAAAGUGGGCCAAAAUGUUCCUCGCAUUCGUCUUGGGACUCUACCUGGCGACAGGUGCGUUACCCUCCUCGGUGAGCGCGUGCCCGUCACAGUGUAGCUGUUUUUUUCACAAACUAAGUGAUGGAUCUAUGGCCAGGAGUGUAAUUUGCAAUGACCCCGAGAUCUCCAUUGUGCCUGCCAGUUUCCCCGUGGACACGUCCAAGCUGCGUAUCGAGAAAACAGCCAUCCAACGUAUCCCGAGCGAAGCCUUCAGUUACCUCCCCAAUCUGGAGUUCCUCUGGAUGUCCUUCAAUGUGCUGUCCUCUCUCAAGCCGGACAGUUUCCGUGGGAUGCUAAAUCUGGAGGAGCUGCGACUGGAUGGGAAUGCCCUCACCGCGUUCCCCUGGGAGUCUCUUAUGGAUAUGUCCAGCCUCACGCUGCUCGACUUGCACAACAACCAGUUGACCUCAGUUCCCGCAGACGCCACAAUUUAUUUAAAAAACCUGACCUACCUGGAUCUGUCCAGCAACAACCUUCUGACUGUUCCGGCUGAGGUGCUCGCCACCUGGCUAACAGUUAAACCUGUGCAGGGCCCAGAGAACUCCAAAAUGAUACUUGGUCUCCAUGACAACCCCUGGCUGUGUGACUGCCGCCUGUAUGACCUGGUCCAGUUCCAGAAGUUGCCAACGUUCUCUGUGGCAUUAAUCGACACACGCCUCCGCUGUGCAGCUCCCGAGAGCCUGUCAGGUGUUCUGUUCAGCGAUGCCGAGCUGCGGAGGUGCCAGGCGCCACGCGUCCACACAGCGGUGGCACACGUCCGCAGCGCUGUGGGAAACAACGUGCUGCUGCGCUGCGGGACCAUUGGCGUUCCCAGCCCGGAUCUGGCCUGGCGCAGGGCGGAAGGGAAAGCCCUGAACGGGACAGUCCAGCAGGAGAACUCCAAGGAAGGCAUUAUCUGGUCCAUCCUCAGUGUCCCAGCCGUGUCCUACCGUGACUCAGGGAAGUAUGUCUGCAAGGCCACUAACUACGCCGGAAAUGCAGAGACCAUCAUCUCCCUGGUUGUCUCUGAUGCUCCCCCAAAACCCGACAAUAACAACAACCAAACCAGCGUGGUUGCUGCUACUGUAAAAAAAAACAAAGUCAACAAACCCAACGGGAUGGGGAAGGCAGCAUACCAGGAGAAACUGGUGGAUAGGUUAGUGGUUCCCACCCCCAACUCUCAACCCCCACCUGCUGUUGUGGACUCCAGCCCUGAGCCUGAAGGUGUGGUAGUGGGAAGUGUGGCAGAUAGAGCCACCCCUGGACCAGCCAAGUUGCCCAGUCCAGACGGACUCCUGGAGCUGGAGAAGACUAACCUGAGCAACCUGGCCCAGGCCCAGUAUGACCCGGACCGGAUAGUUCGCUCGGUCAAGGUGUUGGGCGAUACGGAGAACACCAUCACCCUGAACUGGCGGGCGCCCAAGGCCAAGAACACCACGGCCUUCAGUGUGCUCUAUGCCGUCUUCGGCGAAAGAGACAUGCGCAAGAUCAACGUGGCAGCGGGUCAGAAUCGGGUCUUCAUCGAGGGCCUGGUGCCCAAGACUAAGUACAUUGCCUGCGUGUGUGUCCGGGGCCUGAUCCCCAAGAAGGAGCAGUGUGUCAUCUUCUCCACCGACGAGGCGGCCAGUGCCGCUGGCACCCAGAAGCUCAUCAACGUCAUCGUGAUUACCGUGGCUUGUGUCAUUGCUGUGCCACUCACCGUAAUCGUCUGCUGUGGUGCGCUCAAGAGGCGCAUCCAGAAGAUUUGGGGCAAGAAGUCCAAGGACAUCCAGGACUCGUAUGUGACUUUUGAGACGCUGUCCCCCGGAACCAAGGCUAAAGGGUUGGAGGGUGAGUACCUGACCAGACUCAACCCUGAGGAGUCCAACCGGCUGCUGUCGGCCCGAUCCAGUCUGGACUCUGAGGCCACGGCAAAGAUAGAGGGUCAGCCCAACGAGUACUUCUGCUGACUUCAUGCUCCAGCUCCCUCCCCAUGCCAUCUCCCACACUCGCACCCUCUGGCUCAACACAUCUCCACACACACAACUCCUCUACAGCAUAGCCCCAGACACACACAUCAUCCCCAUCAUAGCCACACACACACACCUCAUCUUCAUCAUAGCCACACACACACACCUCAUCUUCAUAGCCACACACACACACAUCUUCAUCAUAGCCCCACACACACUCCUCACCCUCACCAUAGCCCCACACACAAACCUCGUCCCCACAUACCUAAUCCUUUCUCUCAGCCUCACCAAAGCCACCCACACAUAUCCUAUACUCUCCCUCACUCUCAGCACAGUCCUACACACACAUCUCAUCUUCACCAUAGCCCCAGACACAUACAUCGUCCUCACCCCAACCACAGCCCCAUACACAAACCUCACCCUCUUACUAAGUUUCACCACAGCCCCACACACACACCUUGUCGAAAUGCUCAUCACAGUCCAACACACAUAUCUGGUUGUCUCCCUUUCUCUCACCGUGUUCCCCCCCCCACACACAGGGCACAGGACUCUCCCCCACCUCUCCCACCAUGUUGGGUGCCACCAUAUCGGGGGUUCUAUGAGAGGACGCUUGGACGAUGCACCAUCAUGGAAAUAUCAGUUUAAAGGAGUUUUGACAUUUUUAUCCUUAAUUUUUUUACAUCUGAAAUGUAUACUAUUUCAACAGAGAGAAUGCUAAUGAUGUAAUUUCUUUUUACACUUCUGGGGGACUAUCAGUUGUAAAUGAGCCCUACAGAUAGUAUUUCAUUUAAAUACAUUUAUCAUAGUUAAGUUAUCAAGUAAAAGUCUGAAAGAAGGACAUCUGGGCCAAUAUUCAUUAGUCUCAAAGGAGUGCUGCUCUAGGAACACUUUAGCCUUUUGGAUCAUAAUAAAUGAGAUAACAUGGACAGGGGGGACCUGGGGCCAUAUCAUGAAUUUGAAAUUAUUUUCAAAAAUGCAAGAGAUACUGGUGCAGGUACUUCUAGAUAAUUUAUGGGUUGCUUAUAUAAAAAUAUCAAAACAUUCUUUCAUCAACUCCAAAGCAUUUUUCUGUAUAGCUAGUUAGGACCGCACAUAUGAUCUCCUAAAUAUCUGUCGACUAGGUAGGACUCUUCCCACUGGGCACAGGCGUCAAUUCAACAUCUAGUUUUGAUUUAAUUUUGGUUGAGUUGUCACCUAACUUGAAUUGAACAAAAAAUGGCACCAUGUCAUUGGAUUUAGGAUAGGUGAAAAAGAGUUGGGUGAAAAAAAAAAUACAAAAUUCCCUUACGUUGACCACUUCAUCUCAUUUCUUUGUUGAAAUGAUGUGGAAACAACAUUGAUUCAACCAGUUUUUGCCCAGUGGGUUAUGACUAAAAUGGCUUCAUGCAUAGAUUUAUGGAUACAGCCCCUGAUUCUAGAUUAGAACUCCUACUCUGAAGGUCUUUAUGAAUCCUGGCCCUGGGCCCGAAUCCAAAAAGCAUCUCCGAAAAGGUAAUAGGAAUCCUGUUAUUUUAUUUAACCUUUAUCUUAACAUGGAAGACAUAUUGAGUCCUAGGUCUCUUUUACAAAUGUGCCCUGUAUAUACAACAUAAAUAUAGACAUUAUACCAAAACUAAACAGUAUCAGUCAAAAGUUUGGACACACCUACUCAUUCCAGGGUUUUUCUUUAUUUUUACUAUUUUCCACAUUGUAGAAGAAUAGUGAAGAUAUCAUCACUAUGAAAAAACACAUAUGGCAUCAUGUAGUAACCAAUUUUCUUUUAAACAAAUCAAAAUACAUUUUAUAUCUGAGAUUCUUCAAAGUAGCCACCCUUUGCCUUGAUGACAGCUUUGCACAAUCUUGGCAUUCUCUCAACCAGUUUCUUGAUGCAUUCACCUGGAAUGCAUUUCAAUUAACAGGUAUUUGUAUUUAUUAUGGAUCCCCAUAAUAAAUGGUGUUCUUCCUUGGCCUAGCGUUGUCCAUGCUUGGCCAGAGUAGGCCGUCAUUGUAAAUAAGAAUUUUUCUUUACUGACUUGCCUAGUUAAAUAAAGGUGCAAUUUU